AUGUCAACCGACUCGGGAUCAUCUAACGCACCCCAGUUCCCGACGUUCUCCAUCACCAAAAAUCUUCGAAUGCCACCCGAGGACAAAGCACUGUAUGAGCGUGUUGCCUUGUUGACAGACCCCACAUCAAUCACUCGCGCAGAGAAGAAUCAGUUAGAUGGGCUUCCACCGCCAGAUGAAGAAGACAGACUUUGUGUGGAAAAGGUUGGCUUAACUAUGGCGGAGUUGAAGGAUAAAGUGGCAGUCAGCCACGUUACCCUUACUCAGGAAGAGGCCGAUAUCAUCUUAUUUGGCGUUACGUUGGAGCCAGGUAAUCUAGCCAGUGGGAAAAGAUAUCUCUUGUCGUCUAUGGACCUUAUGGAUGAAGAACGUCAGCUUGUCGAAAAAGUACAAAUCUCCUUGGGUAAUCCUUAUGACAAUGCGAUUAACCGCCUUGCCAGCAAACGAUGGGAUGAACUAAGACAGCUCAAUCAGCCAGUUAGGGAACGAAGGCGUGAGCAGAAAGCACAGGAAAUGCGUGCCGCCUUCGCCGCGCAAAGAGAAGCUGGUCGGCCGAAAUGGGUACAGGAAAUGCUUGCCGCAAAGCUAGCUCAUUGGGGGUUUGUUAUAUUUCGGACAGAUUAUCAUGAAGGGAUAGAUAAAAAAUGGCAUGUCUUCAAAGGCAUUUAUAGAAUGACCGCAGCUACUGUCCUACGUGACUGUUGGAGUAAAGCAAACACCCUAGUCACGACACAGAAAUCUCUUCUUGUUUCUGAUUCAGAACUAGAUGGCGCGAGCCUAGAUACCCUACGACAACGAUUCAAGAGAAUGAGGGUAAAUGGAAAAAUACCUAGCGGGAGAGCAACGGAUUGCUUUUUAGUGGUAGAUGAAGCGGCUCUUGACCACGAUGUGAUAUCCACGAAGACUCUUUACAAACCUAAAAGUCCUGGGGAAGCGGAUCCCUGGGAUACUACACUGUCUUUACGAGCUGUUGAUCCAGAUUACAAAGACACAGAUGCACUCGAUUUCGAAGGCUAUAUCAGGAUUCCUCUUCCUAAGGUCUUCGACUGGUUGUACUACUGCUUCAUGUCCAAAAGCGAGGAUUGGAAAUUGCGAUAUGUGAACACCAAGGGAGGUCCCGCAGAGGUGAUGGACCCUGACGCGCCAUAUCCAGCCUAUCGCUCAGGUAUGAAAUCGCCUUUACCAUGAAUGAUUGUUUUAAUCGAAUGAUAUAUUUCCAUAUUUGCAGUCUAAAACUGUGAAGACACAAUAUAAGAAAUGAGUUUCUGCUCAUGUUUUUCUUAUUUGUCAUCAUGCAAGAUUAUUCGAGUCCCCGUAACGACUUGGCCAUGAAGGUCUGCGUGGCCGCGAGUCAUUCUUGAGAUUACAUCAGAAGAUAACCAAGUUAUAAUUCUAGUAAAAAUUUGGAUUUAUUUCGAUUAAAUGACCAUUGCAAAGUGUAAAGAGCCGUUGUUGGUAUGAUGUACGAGCUGGUGCAAUGUUCAACAUAUUAGGGCAAAGAUUUUUUUUUA